GUCUAAAGAAAUCAAACAUCUCAAUUAACGAGGUUCGUUCUUCUUUUGCUUCUCUUGUAACAAUAAUUCUUUGUUAGAUUUUCUUUUUUUUUUUUUUAUUACGUAUUCUGGGAGGGGUUGGUGAAUCGGAGAACAAAAAACGAAAUGGCGCAAAGGUCUGUUCCGGCGCCGUUUUUGACCAAAACGUACCAGCUGGUAGAUGACCCGAUCACCGACGACGUGAUUUCAUGGAACGAAAACGGCACCACCUUUGUCGUUUGGAAAACUGCUGAUUUUGCAAAGGAUUUGCUUCCCAAUUAUUUCAAGCACAACAACUUCUCUAGCUUCGUUCGGCAGCUCAACACCUACGGAUUUCGAAAGGUUGUUCCCGACAAAUGGGAAUUCGCGAACGAGAACUUCAAGCGAGGGCAAAAAGAGCUCUUGUCCGAAAUCCGUCGUCGUAAAACGGUGACAUCGUCGCCUGCGAACGGCAAAACAGCUGGUGUUGGACCUUCCUCUCCGACUAACUCUGGAGAAGACCUCGGGUCUACUUCCACGUCAUCUCCGGACUCGAAGAAUCCGGGAUCGGUGGAAACGACGCCGGCGGCUGUGACCCAAUUUGCCGAUUUAUCAGACGAGAACGAGAAACUGAAAAAGGAUAACGAGAUGUUGAGCUCGGAGCUGGCGCAGGCCAAGAAGCAAUGCGACGAGCUGGUCGCGUUUUUAACUGAAUGCGUAAAGGUGGGGCCCGAUCAGAUCAAUCGCAUUAUGCGGCAAGGAAGCUUUGGAUCCACCCGUGAUGCCGAUGAUCGUGGUCGUACCCACGAUGUUGACGACCUCGAUGAUCAUGAUCAAGUUGAUGAUGAUGAUGAAAAAGGCGGCAAAGAAGGUAAUGGAAGUUUGAAACUGUUCGGGGUUUGGUUGAAAGGCGCGGAAAGAAAGAGGGCCCGCGAGGAGAAAAUCGUGUACGGUGGGCCACACGCUAAGGAGAUGAAGACUGUAGAUUUUCGCCACGUGCCUUUGGUGAUGAAGAGCGGCAAGGUUUGCAACUGACCAUAGCAACGGUGGCCACGACAGCAAAGAAACUCUUAUGCUGGUUUGAUAUACCUAUAAAAUUAGGGAUAAGUAAGGUUUAUUUUGUAAUUUUCAGUAAGACUAUAUACUAAUUUGUAAUUUCGAAAUAAAUAAGGUUGGAUUGUAAUUUUUAUGACUUCUUUGUGCAUUGUGUAGUGUAGGUGGGUCAGUUAGUCAGCAAUUGUGGGAGGCAGACAUCAAAGGCAAAUGGGUCUCUGUCUUCCUCCCACCUAGAAUGUUAUACCAAUUACACAUUUGUAGAAUGUGGCCUUUGAAGAUUAGCUUAUUGUGCUUAUAUUA